GGGAAUCCCAUAGUCACGUGACCACGUUCGGGGCAGACGCGAGGCAUUCCCCGCCACUUUUGACAAGGAUAUUUUAGAAAAAGGAGACGUCACAGCCGUCCAGCAUGCCGGCAGCUCGCCAACGUAAACGUGUGGGAGGAGCAGGAGGAGGGAAGAAGAUACGGAUGACGGAUGAACCAGACUUGUCCGAGGUUCCCGACGUCCCCAGCGACAUUAUAAGUGAACCACCACCAGAGGUUGCUUUUGGUGUGGCUGAGCCAGAAACUACAGACCCCUUUGAAGAGCCACCGGCGAAACCUCCACCCAAGAGAAAGAGAAAUCAGAAGAAAGAUGAUUCUGGUAAGAAGAAGAAAGGAGAUGGAGCAGGUCCUCGGCGCGGCAAAAUUGAUGACGAUUUACUGGAAGGGAGUCUGUUUGAUGUGGUCCGGGCAGGCAAGGCAUCCCUACAGGCUGUGGUGGAUGACUGGAUCGAGUCCUACAAGGCAGAUAGAGAUGCAGCUCUUCUUGAGCUUAUCCAGUUCUUCAUCCAGUGCUCCGGAUGUAAGGGAAAGAUAACUCCGUAUAUGUACGCAAACAUGGAACAUGCAGAGAUCAUCAGAAAAAUGACAGAAGAGUUUGAUGAAGACAGCGGCGAUUACCCUCUCAUCAUGAGUGGGCCACAGUGGAAGAAGUUCAAGCAAAACUUUAACGAGUUUGUGCAGGUGUUGGUGCGUCAAUGUCAGUACAGCAUCAUCUACGACCAGUACAUGAUGGACAACGUCAUCUCCCUGCUCACCGGACUCACUGACUCCCAGGUCCGAGCCUUCCGACACACCAGCACACUAGCAGCCAUGAAGCUGAUGACGGCGCUGGUGGAUGUCGCACUCAAUCUCAGCAUCAACCUGGACAACACACAGAGACAGUAUGAGUCUGAGCGGGCCAAGCAACAGUCUAAGAGAGCCACUGACAGGCUAGAUCUACUCAUGACUAAAAGACAAGAGCUGGAGGAGAACCAGGCUGAAAUCAGGAACAUGUUGACGUACAUCUUCAAGGGUGUGUUUGUUCACAGAUACAGAGACACCCAGCCAGAGAUCAGAUCCAUCUGCAUGAUGGAGAUCGGCGUGUGGAUGAAGAAAUACCCCUUCAUGUUCCUCGACGACAGCUAUCUCAAAUACGUCGGCUGGCUGCUGUAUGACAAGGUUGGUGAUGUGCGAUCGUGGUGCCUGAAGACCUUGUCUCCACUCUAUGAUUCCUAUGAUCUCUCUGGAAAACUGGAACUUUUCACCAACAGAUUCAAGGACCGCAUUGUUGAGAUGACUCUGGACAAGGAGUACGAUGUUGCUGUGCAGGCUGUCAAACUGGUGGUCAGCAUCCUCAGGUACAGCGAUAAUGUAUUGUCGGACAAGGACAGCGAGAAUGUGUACGAGUUGGUUUACUCAUCUCACCGCCAGGUGGCGCAGGCAGCCGGCGACUUCCUCAACACCAAGCUCUUCAAGCGCGACGACGAAGCGACGAAGAAUCUCAAGUCAGCAAAGGGGAAGAAGCGGAGUCCCAACACCCCGCUCAUCAGAGACUUGGUGCUCUUCUUCAUUGAGAGUGAGCUCCACGAGCAUGCAGCCUACCUGGUGGACAGUCUGUGGGAGAUCAACGACAUGAUGAAGGACUGGGAGUGCAUGACAGAUCUGCUGCUGGAGGAGCCAGGCAGAGGAGAGGAAGCGCUGGAUGACAGACAGGAGACAAGCCUCAUCGAGAUCAUGGUGUGUUGUGUGAAGCAGGCAGCCACAGGAGAGUCUCCGGUGGGCAGAGGCCCCAACAGGAAGCUGACAGCCAAGGAAACCAAGCAGGUGAUGGAAGACAAGACGAAGCUGACAGAGCACUUCAUCGUCACUCUGCCGCAACUGCUGCUGAAGUACCUGAUGGACCCGGAGAAAGUGGCCAACCUCCUCCUCAUCCCCCAGUACUUCGACCUCGACAUCUACACAUCAAGUCGGCAAGAAAAGCAUUUGGAAUUGUUGUUGCGUUACCUUCAAGAAACAGUCGACAAACAUACAGAUACUGAGGUGCUGGAGGCGUGCGCCAAGUGCUUCGAGUUUUUCUGCAGUGACGAGUAUGCCGUAGCCGGCAAAUGUGAUGUGGCAAGAAAGACUGUUAUAGACGGUCUCACUGUGAAGUUCAGAGAAGCUUUGCAAGACUAUUUCACAGAGGGGGAGCAGCCAGAUGAUGAUGAAACCUUCGCCCUAGCGGCCAGCCUGAAGAGGAUGUAUGCGUUCAACAGUUGCCAUGAUCUGAGUAGCUGGGAUGUUUGGGAGGAUGUGUUCCACAUCGUCAAGACAGCCAACGAACAUGGAGGCAUGCCGGAAGAGAUCAUCUGUAGCGCGAUGUCGACAUGUUCCAUGUAUCUACUGUGGGGACAGCAGGCUCUUGAUGAAAGCAAUCCAGACAAGGAACUGAUGAAGUUGCUGAAGCGACGUUUGAACGAGCUGAUGAAGAACUGUCACGAUCUCAUGUUUCAUCAACUGUCCAAAGUCAAUGAGGAGGCGUAUGUGACAAUCUGUGACCUGCUCGUUGUGUUCAGCAAGCACCUGGGAGAAAACGCAGUAAUGAAACCACUCGUGUUCGAGCCGGACAAGAACAUGCAUCUCCAUCUGAGCAACUUCCUGUCCGAGAAAGUCUUUGUAGAGGACGAUGAUGACGAUGUUGAUGAGAAUGUGAAGAUUGAGGAGCUCCACAAGAGAAGGAAUUUCCUGGCCUGUUUCUGUAAGCUCAUCGUGUACAACAUCGUCUCCAUCAAAGUAGGCGCCGACAUGUUCAAGCACUACAUGAAGUUCUACAAUGAUUACGGAGACAUCAUCAAGGCCACGUUAAGCAAAGCCAGAGAAAUCAACAAGAUCACAACAGCCAAAACACUGGCCCUCAGUCUAACACAGCUUUUCAAAGAAUUACAAGUGGAGCAGGGUCAGAUUGAGAGGUCAUCGGAUGCGUUCCAGUCUAUAAAGGAACUGGCGAGAAGAUUUGCGUUGUCUUUUGGUCUGGAUCAAGUUAAAAACCGAGAAGCAGUUGCCGCCAUGCACAGGGAGGGGAUCAUCUUCAGUCUACUGAGCCAAGAGGGGCGGGACCCUGCCGACGCCCCUCACAACAUUGCCUUCCUUGAAGUCCUGUGUGAAUUCACCAACAAGCUGAUGAAACAGGACAAGAAAACAGUGGUUCAGUAUCUGGACAAACAGUUGCCGCAGGGCAUGCCGGUGAGCGGAAGCGAGGAAUGGCAGCCGCUGCUGACGUACAGAAACAGUCUGGUGCAGGGCGAGGGGGAAAUUAACCCCAUCACACUGAAGGAGGCCACAAAACGCCGCUACGGCAAGCGGAAACAAGAUGGUGGGUCCCAGCCGAAAGCUGACGAGAGUGGAUUUGAACCCCAGACCCCUGCCCCGAUGAGCGUACCCCCGUUGACCUCAACUGUCCAGAAGCGACGGAGAAUAGACGAGACUAUCUCAGAACAGGGAUCUGAGCAAGACUUUGUGGACGAUACUUCUGGUGCAGCAGCAAUGGGGAUGACGCAGUCACAGGUGUCGUGGCUCAACAGCCAGAAACAACAGCAGGAAAUGCAGCGGACGGCUGAGGUCACGUACAGCAGAGGUCAACACCAACAGGUGUCUGGAUACCCCCAGCAACACUCGGUGCCGUCAGAGAGUGAUCAGGCUAGCAACAUAUCGGAGUUUUCCAGCCCUGUUCCCACUCCCCAGACCCCACAGGGGUACUACCACCACCCUCAACAACAUCAACAGCAACAGCAGCUACAACAGCAACAUCCGCAGCAGCAGCAGCAGCAGCAGCAGCAGCAACACCCACAACAAGGUCAAUUUUAUGGCGGCGGCCUGCUUGGCGAGAACCAUUAUGUUGAUGAUGCUUCAGCCAGGCACCAUAUUGUCCACCCCCAGUCAUCGGAUGUCAACAGUCACCAGGGGUACUAAACAACUACGCCCCAUCAACACCCAGCACCUGAUUUACUAUGCCCCCUCGACAACCAGCACCUGAUCAACUACGCCCCCUCGACAACCAGCACCUGAUCAACUACGCCCCCUCGACAACCAGCACCUGAUCAACUACGCCCCCUCGACACCCAGUACCUGAUCUAGCGGAACUCUUCUACGUCCAGAUCGUGAGGUCUUAAUACCAUACAUUAUACAGCUACUCCCCCUCGACACCCAGCACCUGAUCAACUACGCCCCCUUGACACCCAGUACCUGAUCUAGCGGAACACUUCUACAUCCAGAUCGUGAGGUCUUAAUACCAUACAUUAUACAGCUACUCCCCCUCGACACCCAGCACCUGAUUAACUACGCCCCCUUGACACCCAGUACCUGAUCUAGCGGAACACUUCUACAUCCAGAUCGUGAGGUCUUAAUACCAUACAUUAUACAGCUACUCCCCCUCGACACCCAGCACCUGAUCUAGCGGAAUUCUUCUACAUCCAGAUCGUGAGGUCUUAAUGCCAUACAUUAUACAGCUAUGCCCCUUCAACACCCAGCACCUGAUCAAUAAUAUGAUUCACAGACAUUCAUGAAUGAGAUAUCAAAGAGACAUUAAGAAUAUUAACAAAGGAAAUUACGUAACCCUGAGUAAUUCGAACGAGCUAUGUCUUCAGACUGAAAUAGAAUAUACUUUAAUGCUAAAAAUCUUUGAUAUCUCAGACAUUAUACAUGAUUAUUUUUUUCUUGUGAGUGGCAUCAUCAGCCAUAACAACUCAUUUUAUGCUGCUAAAUCAUGCCAUUCCAUGUGCUGGUGUGUAAGUGGACAAACAAAUCAUGAAGUGAAAAACUGUUUAUCAUGAAUGUACAGAAGUAAUGUCGAACCCUGUUGCCUCGAACUCAGAUGUGUCUUAACUCACAGUCCGGUCCCGGCAAGACUCUUUCUAUAUUUAUAUAUAUAUAUAUAUUUAUAUUUAUUUAUAUUUAUAUAUAUUUCUAUAUUCAAUACAAAUAUUAACUCAAAGAUAUUGAAUCCCUGGUUGUCUCGAACUCAAUUAAUGUCCCAACACUUUAAAAGAUAUGUUACACCUUUUCAUUGUUAAGUCAUGAAAAUAAGUCAUAAGAUUGAUAAGUCAUCAUAAUAAUCCAGUGAUUUUAUCAAGAUGCACAUGGAUGUUUAAAUGUAGAUAUGACAAAUGCUUCUGUCUAUAUUUACAUAACAAGAGGGGACAGGGGUGGCCCAGUCGUCUAAGGCGCCACGAUUCGCUGUGCAGAGCUGCGUCCCUUGGGCACGCCACUAACCUAUGAUUGUGGGUUCGAAUCCCGGUUCGCCCCGGUUAUGUUUCUAGGUUUG